AUGGGGCCGACCCAUUGCUUCCUACGUCUCCGGGGUCCACUCGCUGUUCCCCCCCUUCGCUGCGCUGCAACGGAGCCCGGGGACUGCCCCGAUGGCUCGGACGAGGCAGGGUGCCCCGACACGGCCUGCGGGAAACGCCUGGGGAACUUCUACGGAACAUUCGCCUCCCCGGACUCUUCCGUCCCAACCGCAGCGCUGUGGGGGAGCUGGAGGUGCUCCUGGCUACUGGACACUCAGGACCCUAAGCCCAUCGUGUUGCAGCUGGACCUGGGGUUAGGGCCAGGGGACUCCCUCCAUGUCUAUGAUGGGCUGGUCCAGAGAGCAGAGCGCCUCCUGCAGGCCCUGUCGCAUCAUAACAACAGGAGACCAGCCCUGUUAGAAUCCAGUAGAGGACAGAUGAGUCUGCAGUACCUGGCCCAACCACUCAGCCCUGGGCAUGGGUUCAACGCUACAUACCAGGUGAAAGGUUACUGUUUCCCUGGGGAACACCCGUGCGGAUUGGACCAGGGCUGUUACUCUGAACGGCAGCGCUGUGACGGGUACUGGCACUGCCCUACGGGGCGUGACGAGGAGGAGUGUCCAGUUUGCCAGGAGGGGGAGUACCCCUGUGAGGGGGGCAGUGGGGCCUGCUACCCUGCCUCUGAAAGAUGCAACAACCAGAAGAAG